AUGUGCGCGUGUGUCCGCGUUAGCAUACUGUAAUGUGUAAACGUGUGUCUGUGUCUAUGCUAACCUAUCUCUCCUGUCUGUGGGUCCAGGCUGGGACGGAUGGGGCUGUACAGACCCCUCGGAGGCGUAUUCCUAUAGUUUCCAGCUCCUGUCCACCUUGCUGCUCUGCCUCAGUAACCUGAUGUUUGUUCCUCCUGUGGUGAUCGCUGUCCGCAGCCAUUACCUACUGGAGGCCUCCGUAUACAUCUUCACCAUGUUCUUUUCUACUGUGAGUUAUGUGAGCCACCCACACACCCACACACCCAGUUUAAUGUCAUUCGGAAAAGAAAACGCAACAGUGAAUAACAUUGGUGAUAAUGGACACCCUUGUCUAGUUCCUCUGUGCUGCUGGAAUGGUUAAGAUACGUGUUCCAACAUUUUACUGCUAACGUUUCUCAUUUAGUUUAUUGCAAUACCCAGGGUAGAGAGAGAUGUUUAACUGAAUGACCUCAUAGGCCUGCGACAUACAAAACAUGAAGGAAGUCAUCAGUCAUCUUUGUGUAAUGCAGAUUUUAAUUUGGCAGCUAUUUUACAUUUUGUUUUUGUCUUAAAAUACCUUUUAUUCUUAGUUACAUUUUAGUCAUUUCAUCCUUCCAUCCUAGUUGUCAUCAAUCAACUAAAACUCUGGACAGUUUUAGUCUAGUUUUAGUCACAGUCAUUUUAGUCACAAAAUAGUAAAUGUAUUUCAAUUAAAUAUAAAAUAGAGCUUCUGACAUGAUCAGAGCAAAAAUGGCCUGAAAGCAAAGAUGAUCAAAGACAUUAUUGUUUCUAAUUGAGGUAAGUUACAAUUGAAAUGUCCUGGCUGGCAUCAGUCCAAAAGAGAGACAAGUGAUUGAAAUGUCCUGGCUGCGCAUAGGGCUGUUACUGUGACCGUAUUACCGCCACACCGGCGGUCACGAGUCACGAAGGCAGUCAAAUUCCACGUGACCGUUUAGUCACGGUAACUAGGCUUCUCCAAGCUCUGAUGCUGCUGAUGGUCAUUAGUAUCCUACCAAACUAGCUAACUGCCUGGUACUCAGCACUCUAUUGUCCCUCUAAUCACUCUGACAUCAAUGCAAAUGUCAUCGAAAAUCUAAUCAAACACCUCAUAAGAGCCCAUGAGCUCAUGUUGCGCAACAUUUCUAUAGGCUAUGCAAUUGCAUGAGAAAACAGGGUGAUGGCCUCUAUUAAAAAGAGGAGGAUCCCAUCAGCUUUCUAUAGGCUGGGCCUACUAUAUUCCUCAACUUUCCUAAUGUUAAGCACAUUGCUUCUCUUUACAACAGGAGUACAGCCUACCUGGCUGGCAUGAAAAUGAACCACGGGAAAAGCGUCCUCCAUUCGCUAUUUAAGUGCAUAGAUUACAUGUAUUUUUUCCCACUGCCCCUGUUUCGAGACAGGUGCAUGAUAAUGGUCCAUUCUAAAUCAAAACAAAUUUCACACAUAUAUUAUUUAGUAUAUGUAAAGACAAGAUUAAAUCAUCAAUAGUCUGAUGGGUGACAAUAUCAGCCUGUCACUUGUGAAUGAUGCCCAGCAUAAGAAACAACGCCUUGUUUUUAUUAUAGUCCCCCACCUCAUGUAGCCUAGCUCAUACAGAGAGGGAAAAAAGUAUUUGAUCCCCUGCUGAUUGUGUACGUUUGCCCACUGACAAAGACAUGAUCAGUCUAUAAUUUUAAUGGUAGGUUUAUUGGCUACGCAAUUAAGUGAGAAAUCCGAGUUUUGACGGACUCUAUUAAAAAGAGGAGGAUCCCAUCAGCCUUCUAUAGGCUGGGACUACUAUUUAUCAACUUUCCUAAUAUUAAGCGUAUUGAUUUGCUUUACUACAGGAGUAUAGUCAACCUGGCAGGCAUUAAAAUGAACCACGGGUAAAGCGUCCUCCAUUCGCUAUUUCAGUGCAUAGUUGACACACAUUUUUUUCCCCACGCCCCUUUUUUCCCCACGCCCCUUUUUUCCCCACGCCCCUUUUUUCCCCAUGCCCCUGUUAAGUGGAAUAAUACACACUGAAUUUAUUCCAGUUCUACCAUAUUGUCCUGUUCUUAAUUGAGUUCUAUUCCAGUUCUACCAUGCUACAGUAUUUAAUGUUAUAUAUUGUGUUCUAUUCCAGUUCUACCAUGCGACAGUAUUUAAUGUUAUAUAUUGUGUAUCAUUUCAGUUCUACCAUGCGUGUGACCAGCCGGGUAUCGUGGUGUUCUGUAUCAUGGAAUACGAUGUUCUCCAGUUCUGUGACUUUCUGGGUUCCCUCAUGUCUGUCUGGGUCACCGUCAUCUCUAUGGCCCGGCUCAAGUCUAUCAUUAAACAGGUUAGUGCUCUAUCCAUCUGUUAUUAAGAGGCGUUCUCCCCUCAGCAGCCUCCUGUUUUAUCCACAGUGCAUUCGGAAAGUAUUCAGACCCCUUGACCUUUUCCACAUUUUGUUACGUUACAGCCUUAUUCUAAAAUUGAUUAAAUAUUUUUUUCCCCCUCAUCAAUCUACACACAAUACCCCAUAAUGACAAAGCAAAAACAGGUUUUUAGACAUUUUUGCAAACGUAUAAAAUAAAUAAAAAAAAAUACCUUAUUUACAUAAGUAUUCAGACCCUUUGCUAUGAGACUCGAAAUUGAGCUCAGGUGCAUCCUGUUUCCAGUGAUCAUACUUGAGAUGUUUCUACAGCUUGAUUGGAGUCCACCUGUGGUAAAUUCAAUUGAUUGGACAUGAUUUGGAAACGUACACACCAGUCUAAAUAAGGUCCCACAGUUGACAGUGCAUGUCAGAGCAAAAACCAAGCCUAGAGGUCAAAAAUUGUCCGUAGAGCUCUGAGACAGGAUCGUGUCGAGGCACAGAUCUGGGGAAUGGUACCAAAAUAUUUCUGCAGCAUUGAAGGUCCCCAAGAACACAGUGGCCUCCAUCAUUCUUAAAUGGAAGAACUUUGGAAGCACCAAGAAUCUUCCUAGAGCUGGCCGCCCGGCCAAACUGAGAAAUCGGGGGAGAAGGCCCAGCCAGAGCCCGGAUUUUAACCCGAUCGAACAUCUCUGGAGAGACCUGAAAAUAGCUGUGCAGUGACGCUCCCCAUCCAACCUGACAGAGCUUGAGUGGAUCUGCAGAGAAGAAUAGGAGAAACUCCCCAAAUACAGGUGUGCCAAGCUUGUAGCGUCAUACCCAAGAAGACUCGAGGCUGUAAUUUCUGCCAAAGGUGCUUCAACAAAGUACUGAGUAAAGGGUCUGAAUACUUAUGUAAAUGUGAUAUUUCAGUUUUUUAUUUUUUAUUCAUUUGCUAAAAUUUAUACAAUCCUGUUUUUUCUUUCUCGCUAUGGGUAAUUUGUGUAGAUUGAUGAGGGGGAAAAAACAAUUUAAUCCAUUCUAGAAUAAGGUGAUAAUGUAACAAAAUGUUUAAAAAGUCAAGGGGUCUGAAUACUUUCCGAAUGCACUGUAUAUACACUAAACAAAAAUAUGAACACAACAAUUUCAAAGAAUUUACUGAGUUACAGUUCAUAUAAGAAAAUCAGUCAAUUUAAAUAAAUUCAUUAGGCCCUAAUCUAUGGAUUUCACGUCUGGGAAUACAGAUAUGCAUCUGUUGGUCACAGAUACCUUAAAAAAAGGUAGGGGUGUGGAUCAGAAAACAAGUCAUUAUCUGGUGUGACCACUAUUUGCCUCAUACAGCGUGACACAUCUCCUUCGCAUAGAGUUGUUCAGGCUGUUGAUUGUGGCCUGUCGAAUGUUGUCCCACUCCUCUUUAAAUGGCUGUGCGAAGUUGCUGGAUAUUGGAACUGGAACACGCUGUUGAUCCAGAGCAUCCCAAACAUGCUCAAUGGGUGACAUGUCUGGUGAGCAUGGAAGAACUGGGACAUUUUCAGCUUCCAGGAAUUGUGUACAGAUCCUUGCGACAUGGGGCCGUGCAUUAUCAUGCCGAAACAUCAGGUGAUGGCGGCGGAUGAAUGUCACAACAAUGGGCCUCAGGAUCUCAUCACGGUAUCUCUGUGCGUUCAAAUUGCCAUCGAUAAAAUGCAAUUGUGUUCGUUGUCCGUAGCUUAUGCCUGCCCAUAGCAUAACCCCACUGCCACCAUGGGGCACUCUGUUCACAACGCUGACAUCAGCUAAUCGCUAAUCGACAAAGGUUCUGUUCUCUUUCAUUUUUAUUCUGCAACACUGUGUAAACUUCAGAACAACUGCAAACCCACCAUGCAACCCUUUGACCGGAACUGUAAUAAUUUUUGGAAAGUUAAAUGUAUAUUUAUAAUAUACAUUUUAUACAUUAUUACAUUUAUAACAACAAGGUUAAUUAAAAUGCAUUCCAGGUGACUACCUCAUGAAGCUGGUUGAGAAAAUGCCAAGAGUGGUCAAAGCUGUCAUCAAGGCAAAGGGUGGCUAUUUGAAGAAUCUCAAAUGUAAAAUAUAUUUUGAUUUGUUUAACACUUUUUUGGUGACUACAUGAUUCCAUAUGUGUUAUUUCAUAGUUUUGAUGUCUUCACUAUUAUUCUACAAUGUAGAAAAUAGUAAAAAUAAAGAAAGACCCUUGAAUGAGUAGGUGUGUCCAAACUUUUGACUGGUAGUGUGUAUAUACAGUAUAUAUACACAGGGGAUGCAGUUACUCAAGUAAUACAGCUGGUGGCUCCACAAAUAUAAAUACAUAUACAUACAUAUCAAUUACAUAACCUGGUUGCUUAAUUAUGACAAAACUCAUACAUCUAAAUCUAUUUCAACCAGUUAAAUGUUCACUAACAGGGACGUAAACAGAAAUAAUAAAAAAUAAGCUUUUUUUUGGAACAUUUCUAGGAUCUUUUGUUUCAGCUCAUGAAACAAACACUUUACAUUUACAUUUAACAUUUUAACAUUUUAGUCAUUUAUCCAGAGCGACUUACAGUUAGUGAGUGCAUACAUUAUUUGUGUUAUUUCAUACUGGCCCCCUGUGGGAAUCGAACCCACAACCCUGGCGUUGCAAACGCCAUGCUCUACCAAUUGAGCUACAUCCCUGCCGGCCAUUCCCUCCCCUACCCUGGACGACGCUGGGCCAAUUGUGCGCCGCCCCAUGGGUCUCCCGGUCGCGGCCGGCUACGACAGAGCCUGGAUUCGAACCAGGAUCUCUAGUGGCACAGCUAGCACUGGGAUGCGGCGCCUUAGACCACUGCGCCACUCGGGAGGCCUCUACAUGUUGUGUUCAUAUUUUUGUUCAGUAUAGAUCAUCUCUAUAGAUACAUAAUGGUAGAACCACCGUCAUAUUAGAGAGAAGUAGAAAUGCUGAAACAAAGAUAUGGGAGUCGGCAAUCUGUCACAGUUUUACUCUAUGGUUGUUGACAUUCUGCAUUCUUCAACACUCCCCUCUUCUUCUCGCUGUACCUCUCUCCCUCCCUGUAUCCCGUCUAUCUUCCUCUCCCUCCCUGUAUCCUGUCUAUCUUGUAUCUUCUUCUUACUGUUAAUACUUAUUGUUUAUUUAACUUUUCUUUACUAUCUACUUCACUUGCUUUGGCAAUGUUAACAUACAUUUCCCAUGCCAAUAAAGCCCUUAGAGAGAGAGAGUGAGAUAAAGAAAUAUUGAGAGAGAGAGAGCACCUCAGCCACAGAACUCAGCCACUAAUCAAAUCACACAUGUCAGACUGGCGAGGAGAGCUUUGUUUGUGUUAGUGAGUGAUUGGGAUGUGCUGUAUACUGCCCACUGCUGCAGCCAGCUCUCAACCCUGGCCUUUACCUCAUGCCAACUGUGGUCCUCAGGGGUCACAAUUAUCACAAUUAUAAAUCUGUCUCUGUUUAACCCUCUCUAUCCUCUCUGACUGUCUGUCUGUCUGUAGGUGUUUAACCCUCUUUCUCCUCUCCAGGUGCUGUACCUGGUCUGUAGGUGUUUAACCCUCUCUAUCCUCUCCAGGUGCUGUACCUGGUCUGUAGGUGUUUAACCCUCUCUCUCCUCUCCUCUAAAUGUGCUGUACCUGGUCUGUAGGUGUUUAACCCUCUCCUCUCCUCUCCAGGUGCUGUACCUGGUCUGUAGGUGUUUAACCCUCUCUCUCCUCUCCUCUCCAGGUGCUGUACCUGGUCUGUAGGUGUUUAACCCUCUCUCUCCUCUAAAGGUGCUGUACCUGGUCUGUAGGUGUUUAACCCUCUCUCUCCUCUCCAGGUGCUGUACCUGGUCUGUAGGUGUUUAACCCUCUCUCUCCUCUCCAGGUGCUGUACCUGGUCUGUAGGUGUUUAACCCUCUCUCUCCUCUCCAGGUGCUGUACCUGGUCUGUAGGUGUUUAACCCUCUCUCUCCUCUCCAGGUGCUGUACCUGGUCUGUAGGUGUUUAACCCUCUCUCUCCUCUCCUCUAAAGGUGCUGUACCUGGUCUGUAGGUGUUUAAACCCUUCUCUCCUCUCCAGGUGCUGUGUACCUGGUCGUAGGUGUUAACCCUCUCUCUCCUCUCCUCUAAGGUGCUGUACCUGGUCUGUAGGUGUUUAAACCUCUCUCUCCUUCCAGGUUUGCUGUACCUGGUCUGUAGGGUGUUUAACCUCCUCUCCUCCUAGCCUGCAUUAAUGGUUGUGUCUGUGCUCUCAUGUCUUUGUCGUGUAACCUUCCUCCUCUCUCUCUCCUGGUGCAUGCUACCUGGUCUGUAGGUGUUUAACCCUCUCCUUCCUCUCCAGGUGCUGUUCAUGCGCUCCUUAGGUGUCUGUAUACCCCUCCCCUCUCCGUGCUCCUUGUGUACCUGGUCUGUAGGUUUUAACCCUCUCUAUCCGCUUCCGGCUAAAGGAUGCUGUACCUGCUCGGGGCCUAUUCUCCCUCCAUGGCUCUCCAGUUGGACCGUCACGGCCUGUGGAACCUCCUGGGACCCUCUCUCUUUGCCCUGGGCAUCAUGGCUGUAGCCUGGGUAAGAAUGACCCUAACACUUACAUCGACCUCUCGUAUACGAUCUCGCGAUCCUCUAGUCUCUCGACUAUCUCCAAUAUCUCUAGUCGCACGCUCCUCUAUCCUCUAUCUUAUCUUCUCUCUAUCUUCUCUCUCUCGCCUCUCUCUCUCUCUCUCUCUCUCUCUCUCUCUCUCUCUCUCUCUCAGCAUGAAGCAGACCUAGGGCCAGUCUGAACUGUCCCCUAAACUGUUCUGACACACACACACACACACAACAUAAAACUCUAAUUUAUGGUUGGAGUGGCGCGGCCCAAAGUGUGCCUGCCUGUCUCUGGAACACGCGGUCAGGGCCUGCGUUGCCACACAAUGCAGGUAGAUUUAGUUAUUGGCGGGUAAGAAUGUCUAUUUCACAAGCCACGUAGGCGGGUGGUCAAUAUGCAGGGCUCUACAGCAUUACAUUUGCAUUUGCGGAUAAAAAUAAAGUAAAAAGUUAAGGAUGAGUUGCGAGUUGUGAUUUAUAGCAGAAAAUGCUGCAGUAGCUGUUUUCAAAGUAUUUCGCACAAAGAAAUCUAUAUCCCACCUCGCGCAGCAACACUGCCUGGCUGGGGAGCUUUGUUUUAAUAGAUUCAUUUUUGGAGAUGCUACACGCAUAAAAGUUGAUCUAAUUUACUCUAAAGUGAAAUGAGACUUUGUCCUCGUAUUUCUUGGCUAUUUACAUUGUUUUUGUUCACAAGCUAGUUUGCUGCUUCAACUGAUAGCAAAGCACUCUACUACUAGUCAGACACAUGACAAGACUCCAGUGGCCUGUUACCACGGUAACCUCCCACCCUUAAAGUGGCAGAAGACUGAAAUUCUGCAAUAUAUCACAUUACUUCUUACUAAUAAUUGAUUUGUUUUAGAAACAUUAAGCAUGGUCAUUCGUUUUUAUUGGGUGGUUCUUGAUGUAAUUAUGUCCAAAAAAGAUAUUUUGGCUGGUAAAGAUCUGAGUGGCUGGUCAAUCUUUCCAUCUACCUGCCACGGUGGCAGGUCGACCAAUAAGUACAUUUUAGGCUUUGCUAUGUAUUCUGGGUAUUCUGUAUUAGGAUGGGAGGACAUUAAAAGUUGAAAAGCUUCAUGUUUAAAAAGUAAAUCAAUAAACUCUCAGCUUGAAAUGCGAAAAAUGACUUCAGGUCACUGUGCUUUUAGAGAGACGGUCCCAUUGGCUAACUCAGUUGCCGGAGAGGAAGGAAACCGCUCAGGGAUUUCACCUUGAGGCCAAUGGUGACUUUAAAAGAGUUACAGAGUUUAAUGGCUGUGAUAUGAGAAAACUGAGGAUGGAUCAACAACAUUGUAGUUACUCCACAAUACUAACCUAAAUGACAGGUCUGAAUUAAUUAUUACUGAAACAGGAUACAAGUGGAAAAUAUAAAAUUGGAGGCCCCUUUCACUUCAGUGUUAUGAUGCAACAAUUCUAGCAAAAAUGUAUAGUGCAUAGAAUUAAAAAGGUUUUGUCGGACAUUAUUCAUCCUAAUCAGACAGUUUUUUUUACAUGGAAUAUACAUUGGAGAUAAUAUAAGGCAAGUACUGGAAACAAUAGAACACUAUGAAAAAUCUGGGAAACCAGGCCUGGUAUUCAUAGCAGACUUCGAAAAGGCAUUUGAUAAUGUACGACUGGGGGUUUAUAUAUAAAUGCCUGGAGCAUUUCAAUUUUGGAGAAUCUCUUAUAAAUUGGGUUAAAAUCAUGUAUAGUAACCCUAGGUGUAAAAUAGUAAAUAAUGGCUAUUUCUCAGAAAGUUUUAAACUGUCGAGGAGUGAAACAAGGUUGUCCACUAUCGGCAUAUCUAUUUAUUAUGGCCAUCGAGAUGUUAGCUAUUCAAAUCAGAUCCAACAAUAAUAUCAAGGGAUUAGAAAUCCAGGGCUUAAAAACAAAGGUGUCAUCGUACGCUGAUGAUUCAUGUUUUCUUUUAAAUCCACAACUUGAAUCCCUCCACAGCCCUCAUAGAGGAUGUAGAUACAUUUUCUAACCUCUCUGGAUUACAACCAAAUUAUGAUAAAUGUACUAUAUUACGUAUUGGAUCACUAAAAAAUUAAAAUGUUACAUUACCAUGUACAGUUGAAGUCAGAAGUUUACAUACACUUAGGUUGGUGUCAUUAAAACUAGCUUUUCAACCACUCCACAAAUUUCUUGUUAACAAACUAUAGUUUUGGCAAGUCGGUUAGGACAUCUACUUUGUGCAUGACACAAGUAAUUUUUCCAACAAAUGUUUACAGACAAAUUAUUUCACUUAUAAUUCACUGUAUCACAAUUCCAGUGGGUCAGAAGUUAACAUACAUUAAGUUGACUGUGCCUUUAAACAGCUUGGAAAAUUCCAGAAAAUGAUUUCAUAGCUUUAGAAGCUUCUGAUAGGUUAAUUGACAUCAUUUGACUCAAUUAGAGGUGUACCUGUGGAUGUAUUUCAAGGCUUACUUUCAAACUCAGUGCAUCUUUGCUUGACAUCAUGGGAAAAUCAUAAGAAAUCAGCCAAGACCUCAGAAAAGAAAUUGUAGACCUCCACAAGUCUGGUUCAUCCUUGGGAGCAAUUUCCAAAUGCCUGAAGGUACCACGUUCAUCUGUACAAACAAUAGUAUGCAAGUAUAAACACCAUGGGACCACGCAGCCGUCAUACCGCUCAGGAAGGAGACGCGUUCUGUCUCCUAGAGAUGAACGUACUUUGGUGCGAAAAGUGCAAAUCAAUCCCAGAACAAUAGCAAAGGACCUUGUGAAGAUGCUGGAGGAAACAGGUACAAAAGCACAGUAAAACGAGUCCUAUAUCAACAUAACCUGAAAGGCCGCUCAGCAAGGAAGAAGCCACUGCUCCAAAACCGCCAUAAAAAAGCCAGACUACGGUUUGCAACUGCACAUGGGGACAAAGAUCUUACUUUUUGGAGAAAUGUCCUCUGGUCUGAUGAAACAAAAAUAGAACUGUUUGGCCAUAAUGACCAUCAUUAUGUUUGGAGGAAAAAGGGGACGGCUUGCAAGCUGAAGAACACCAUCCCAACUGUGAAACACGGGGUGUCAGCAUCAUGCUGUGGGGGUGCUUUGCUGCAGGAGGGUCUGGUGCACUUCACAAAAUAGAUGGCAUCAUGAGGAAGGAAACUUUUGUGGAUAUAUUGAAGCAACAUCUCAAGACAUCAGUCAGGAAGUUAAAGCUUGGUUGCAAAUGGGUCUUCCAAAUGGACAAUGACCCCAAGCAUACUUCCAAAGUUGUUGCAAAAUGGCUUAAGGACAACAAAGUCAAGGUAUUGGAGUGGCCAUCACAAAGCCCUGACCUCAAUCCUAUAGAAAAUGUGUGGGCAGAACUGAAAAAACGUGUGCGAGCAAGGAGGCCUACAAACCUGACUCAGUUACACCAGCUCUGUCAGGAGGAAUGGGCCAAAAUCCACCCAACUUAUUGUGGGAAGCUUGUGGAAGGCCACCCGAAACGUUUGACCCAAGUUAAUCAAUUUAAAGGCAAUGCUACCAAAUACUAAUUGAGUGUAUGUCAACUUCUGACCCACUGGGAAUGUGAUGAAAGAAAUAAAAGCUGAAAUAAAUCAUUCUGUCUACUGUUAUUCUGACAUUUCACAUUCUUAAAAUAAAGUGGUGAUCCUAACUGACCUAAAACAGGGCAUUUUUACUAGGAUUAAAUGUCAGGAAUUGUGAAAAACGGAGUUUAAAUGUAUUUGGCUAAGGUGUAUGUAAACUUCCGACUUCAACUGUAGUUUACCUAUAAAAUGGUCUGAUGGUGAUGUGGAUAUACUCGGAAUACAUAUCCCAAAUGAAAUACAUGAUCUCACUCCAAUACAUUUUAAUAGAAAGUUAGCAAAAAUAGAUAAGAUCUUGCUACCAUGGAAAGGUAAAUACCUGUCAAUUUGUGGAAAAAUCACCCUGAUUAACUCUUUAGUAUUAUCCCAGUUUACCUAUUUGCUUAUGGUCUUGCCUACGCCUAGCGUACAGUUUUUUUAAUUAUAUGAGAAAAAGGUUCCAUUUUAUUUGGAACGGCAAGCCAGACAAAAUUAAACGGGCCUAUUUUUAUAAUUAAUAUGAAUUCGGAGGACAGAAAUUAUUAAAUAUUAAAGCAUUAGACCUAUCACUAAAAGCUUCAGACAUACAAAAGUUAUACUUAAAUCCAAACUGGUUCUCUAGCAAAUUAGUAAGAUUGUCUCACCCAAUGUUCAAGAAUGGCCUUUUUCUCUUUAUUCAGAUUACAACCUCUCACUUUCAGUUAUUUGAAAAGGAAAUAAUCUACCAAAUAUCACUAUUUCUAAAACAAGCCAUAGAAAGUUGGUUGCAAUUUCAAUUUAAUCCUCCAGAAACUACUAAUUGAUAAAAAAAACAUUUUUUUUGGGACAAAAUGUUUAAAAAAGGUAUAAUCUUCGUAAAUUAUAUCAUCGGUAGGACUGGUGGAGUUAUGUCGCACAUGCAGCUAACAAAAACAUAUGGAAAUGUCUGCUCUACCCAAAAUUACAACCAAAUAAUAUGCAGCAUUACCUCAGAAAUGGAAGAGGAAAGUGGAAGGGGGAAAAGGUAAGGAACUUGUCUGUCGGCCUUGCAUUAAAGAACUUAAUUGGUUAAAGAAAACUGUGAUAAAUAAAAAAGUAUACCAGUUUAAUUUAAGGACCAAUGGAUUGACAGCCAUCCCAUAUAGAUUGCAAAAUAGCUCAAAAAAGCUCAAUUUUAGUCUCAUCUAACCAGAGUCCCUUCUUCCAUAUGUUUGGGGAGUCUCCCACAUGCCUUUUGGCGAACACCAAACGUGUUUGCUUAUUUUUUUCUUUAAACAAUGGCUUUUUUCUGGCCACUCUUCCGUAAUGCCCAGCUUUGUGGAGUGUACGGCUUAAAGUGGUCCUAUGGACAGAUACUCCAAUCUCUGCUGUGGAGCUUUGCAGCUCCUCGUGGCGACCCGAGUGGCGCAGUGGUAAUAAUACUUUUAGCAAAAAUGUUGAUUUUCAAUUUACAAUCUGUAGAUACAAUGAGAAUAGAAAGGUUCAGAACUUUUGUAAAACAUCACAGUACAGUUGAAAAAUAUAUGGAAAAUAGAAAUCCAAUAUGGAUGGUGUUAAGAGAUAGAUGGGUGGUGUUGAAUGAAGUUGGAUGGGACUAAUUACAACUAACAACAACUAAUAACAACAAGAUAACUAAUAAUGUAAAUUAUACUGUGUCCAUAAUAAGUAUAUAGGUUAUAGGUUGAGAGCUUUUGUGAAAAAGCACAGUUAGAAAGAUAUGGCAUAUAGAAGCAAACUGGAUGGACAUCAUGAAAAUGAUCGGAGAGGUUGAGGGUAGAGGAAGUUCAGGAGUAAAAACAAAUAAAAUAGAAUUAUUGUAAAAUUGACUGUGUCCAUAAAAUGUAUAUAGUAUGUAUAAGCUGGAAGUAGAGGCCUAAGCAUUGUUGUUCACUAGUUUACUCCAAUUAGGGAAGGGAUGGUGGGGUUAGAAAGUAAUAAAUUGAAAUAUUUUUUUUUUAAGGAUAUGUAUGUGUAUGUAUAGUGGGGAGAACAAGUAUUUGAUACACUGCCGAUUUUGCAGGUUUUCCUACUUACAAAGCAUGUAGAGGUCUGUCAUUUUUAUCAUAGGUACACUUCAACUGUGAGAGACGGAAUCCAGAAAAUGACAUUGUAUGAUUUUUAAGUAAUUAAUUUGCAUUUUAUUGCAUGACAUAAGUAUUUGAUCACAUACCAACCAGUAAGAAUUCCGGCUCUCACAGAUCUGUUAGUUUUUCUUUAAGAAGCCCUCCUGUUCUCCACUCAUUACCUGUUUUAACUGCACCUGUUUGAACUUGUUACCUGUAUAAAAGACACCUGUCCACACACUCAAUCAAACAGACUCCAACCUCUCCACAAUGGCCAAGACCAGAGAGCUGUGUAAGGACAUCAGGGAUACAAUUGUAGACCUGCACAAGGCUGGGAUGGGCUACAGGACAAUAGGCAAGCAGCUUGGUGAGAAGGCAACAACUGUUGGCGCAAUUAUUAGAAAAUGGAAGAAGUUCAAGAUGACGGUCAAUCACCCUCGGUCUGGGGCUCCAUGCAAGAUCUCACCUCGUGGGGCAUCAAUGAUCAUGAGGAAGGUGAGGGAUCAGCCCAGAACUACACGGCAGGACCUGGUCAAUGACCCGGGACCACAGUCUCAAAGAAAACCAUUAGUAACACACUACGCCGUCAUGGAUUAAAAUCCUGCAGCGCACGCAAGGUCCCCCUGCUCAAGCCAGCGCAUGUCCAGGCCUGUCUGAAGUUUGCCAAUGACCGUCUGGUUGAUCCAGAGGAGGAAUGGGAGAAGGUCAUGUGGUCUGAUGAGACAAAAAUAGAGCUUUUUGGUCUAAACUCCACUCGCCGUGUUUGGAGGAAGAAGAAGGAUGAGUACAACCCCAAGAACACCAUCCCAACCGUGAAGCAUGGAGGUGGAAACAUCAUUCUUUGGGGAUGCUUUUCUGCAAAGGGGACAGGACGACUGCACCGUAUUGAGGGGAGGAUGGAUGGGGCCAUGUAUCGCGAGAUCUUGGCCAACAACCUCCUUCCCUCAGUAAGAGCAUUGAAGAUGGGUCGUGGCUGGGUCUUCCAGCAUGACAACGACCCGAAACACACAGCCAGGGCAACUAAGGAGUGGCUCCGUAAGAAGCAUCUCAAGGUCCUGGAGUGGCCUAGCCAGACCUGAACCCAAUAGAACAUCUUUGGAGGGAGCUGAAAGUCCGUAUUGCCCAGCGACAGCCCCGAAACCUGAAAGAUCUGGAGAAGGUCUGUAUGGAGGAGUGGGCCAAAAUCCCUGCUGCAGUGUGUGCAAACCUGGUCAAGACCUACAGGAAACGUAUGAUCUCUGUAAUUGCAAACAAAGGUUUCUGUACCAAAUAUUAAGUUCUGCUUUUCUGAUGUAUCAAAUACUUAUGUCAUGCAAUAAAAUGCAAAUGAAUUACUUAAAAAUCAUACAAUGUGAUUUUCUGGAUUUUUUUUGAUUCCGUCUCUCACAGUUUAAGUGUACCUAUGAUAAAAAAUUACAGACCUCUACAUGCUUUGUAAGUAGGAAAACCUGCAAAAUCGGCAGUGUAUCAAAUACUUGUUCUCCCCACUGAAAGAAUUUGAUCCCCUGCUGAUUUUGUACGUUUUCCCAUUGACAAAGACAAAGACAUGAUCAGUCUAUAGUUUUAAUGGUAGGUUUAUUUGAACAGUGAGAGACAGAAUAACAACAAAAAAAUCCAGAAAAACGCAUGUCAAAAAUGUUAUAAAUGUAUUUGCAUUUUAAUCAUUCAGAGAUCUGCAAUAGUGUUCUGAACUUCUGUUUUUCGAUACUGUGCACAUAGUGAAUUGGUAGCCUAGGAGACAACAGGCAAGAUGACUUGGGUUUGUUAAAGGUCUGUUAGAGGACAGCCACCAAGGACAGACUGACAAAGCAGAGCCCAUCUGUUAGAACAGUGUGUAGGUGAUGAGGAGGUUGAGCCAAGGUAAAGGACUGUGUUUAACAUGGAAAACAUUUUCCUUUAUUUCACUGCAAGGAUUGAGUGCCGACCUUCCUCUUUUCAUGAGGGACUAUGUAGAAAAACACACACAGAGAGAAAAGAGUUAACGGAAAAGUGCAAAGUAUUCAGUGACAGGGACAGGCUCUCUGGUCUCUGGUCUCUACUUGGCUGAUCUCAACAAGAACAUCCUGACUUUUCAUUCCACUUCUAACAGUUAGCAGAGAUACAUGUUUUAGUCUAUGAAUCCUAUAUGUGCUGAGAAGUUACGUUUAUAAACGAGAACAUGCUCGAUCCAUUUGUGAACUAAACGUUGUCAUCAUAAAUAGUUCAUAACAAGUUCAACAAGCAUUUCUGAAAGUGUAUAAGCAUAUAAUAAAUGAUCAUUAUAUUCUGUAGUCACUGGGACCUAAUGUUCUCCCAGUAGCAGCAACUAGUGUGAUACUGAGACAUGACCAAGACCACUGAGACGGAGAUGACUGAGACUUUGUAUUAUGUUUUUAUUAUGUGUUAUUGAUCCAUGUCUUGUCUUGUUAAUCAUUGAUGAAGCUUGUGUUGAUAGAACAAUGUCCCAACUUGGGAUCAAUAAAGAACUACACUACUAUCUGACUGUGUGUGUGUCUCUGUGCAUCUAACUGUCUGUCUCCCCCUCUCCCUCCCCCAACUGUCUGUCUCCCCCUACCCCAACUGUCUAACUGUCUCCCCCUCUCCCUCCCCCAACUGUCUAACUGUCUCCCCCUCUCCCAACUGUCUGUGUCUCCCCCCUCUCCCUCCCCCAACUGUCUGUCUCCCCCUCCCCCAACUGUCUAACUGUCUCCCCCUCCCCCAACUGUCUAACUGUCUCCCCCUCCCCUCCCCAACUGUCUAACUGUCUCCCCCUCUCCCUCCCCCAACUGUCUAACUGUCUCCCCCUCUCCCUCCCCCAACUGUCUAACUGUCUCCCCCUCUCCCUCCCCCAACUGUCUAACUGUCUCCCCCUCCCCCUCCCCCAACUGUCUGUCUCCCCCCUCCCUCCCCCAACUGUCUGUCUGUGUCUCCCCUCUCCCUCCCCCAACUGUCUGUGUCUCCCCCCUCCUCCCCCAACUGGCUGUCUGUCUCCCCCUCCCCCAACUGUCUAACUGUCUCCCCCCUCCCCCCAACUGUCUGUCUCCCCCCUCCCUCCCCCAACUGUCUGUCUGUGUCUCCCCUCUCCCUCCCCCAACUGUCUGUGUCUCCCCCCUCCUCCCCCAACUGGCUGUCUGUCUCCCCCUCCCCCAACUGUCUAACUGUCUCCCCCUCCCCCAACUGCAUGUGUCUCCCCCCUCCCUCCCCCAACUGUCUAACUGUCUCCCCCUCCCCCAACUGGCUGUCUGUCUCCCCUCUCCCUCCCCCAACUGUCUGUCUCCCCUCUCCCUCCCCCAACUGCAUGUGUCUCCCCUCUCCCUCCCCCAACUGUCUGUGUCUCCCCCUCUCCCUCCCCCAACUGUCUGUGUCUCCCCCCUCCUCCCCCAACUGUCUGUCUCCCCCUCUCCCUCCCCCAACUGUCUGUGUCCCCUCCCCCAACUGUCUGUGUCCCCCCUCUCCCUCCCCCAACUGUCUGUGUCUCCCCCCUUCCUCCCCCAACUGUCUGUCUCCCCCUCUCCCUCCCCCAACUGUCUGUCUGUGUCUCCCCCCUCCUCCCCCAACUGUCUGUCUCCCCCCUCUCCCUCCCCCAACUGUCUGUCUCCCCUCUCCCUCCCCCAACUGUCUGUGUCCCCCCUCUCCCUCCCCCAACUGUCUGUGUCCCCCCUCUCCCUCCCCCAACUGUCUGUGUCCCCCCUCUCCCUCCCCCAACUAUCUAACUGUCUCCCCCCUCCCUCCCCCAACUGUCUGUGUCUCCCCCCUCCCUCCCCCAACUGUCUGUGUCCCCCCCCUCCCUCCCCCAACUGUCUGUGUCCCCCCCCCUCCCUCCCCCAACUGUCUGUGUCUCCCCCCUCCCUCCCCCAACUGUCUAACUGUCUCCCCCCUCCCUCCCCCACCUAUCUAACUGUCUCUCCCCCCUGCCCCUCCAGACGGUGCGUACAGUGCGACGGCGGCGCUGUUAUCCUCCAACCUGGAAGCGCUGGGUGUUCUUUCUGUUCCCGGGGACGAUGAUCGCCGUUUCAGCCGUGGCGCUCUAUGCCUUCGUUGAGACAGAGGACAACUACUUCUACAUACACUCUAUCUGGCACAUGCUGAUCGCAGGCAGCGUGGGCUUCCUGCUCCCGCCCCGCGCCAAGUCCCACGCCAAGGUCACGCCUCUGAAACGUCGGAGGGGGUGUGGCUACCAGCUGUGCGUCAACGAGCAUGAGGAGAUGGGAUUGGUGGAUCCGGUCCCUGCCAUAGUCGCUAUCAAUAGUAUUAGUAUCAGCUGA